CGCAACUCGCGCUUCACUCGCGGCACCUUCUCAACCCCAACGGAGGCCUCCUCAGAAUGGUCUGAUCAUGGCCGGUCGGAAGCGGACUACAAGGGCCAGUAGCAGGCUGGCUGCGGGGACACCGAGCGGGCCGGAUGUCUACCAGGACAUGUUGGCCGAGGCCGGCGUGAAUGCCCAGGAUCGCAGCCCGCCUGAGCGGCCGCUGAAACGGCGUCGCGCGGGCCCAAGUCGAGAAGAGAAAACUGCAGAGAAGGAAGUGCCAGAGAAAGUACCAGAGCAAGAACCAGCAUCAAGCUCCGGAGCCGCACAAGGCGACCAGACAAUACAGGUCAACGAAGAUUCCGAGGAUGAAGACAUCGAGUUUCAGGAUGUUGUCUUACCAGAGCCGACCAUGCAAACCAUGGAGUUGGAAUCCGAAGAUGAGGACGAAGAUGAAGACAUUGUAUUUGAAGACGUUGAUUUUGGAGUACUCCCUAAAGAAAUCCCCACAACCCAAGAACCCUUGGAGUUGGUCCUCAACCUCACGGCCCAACAGUCCACCACAGCCCAAGCGAAGAAAGCCGCUGAAAGACGAAAACCUCUCACUAAGGAAGAGAGAGAACGGAGAGCCGACAUUCACAAAACUCAUCUUCUUUGUCUUUUAUCGCAUGUCGCACGUCGCAAUCACUGGUGCAACGACCACAGGGUGCAGGAUCAUUUACGUCCACAUCUCACUGAUAAAAUGGCUGCAUACUUGAACCCUGGUGUACAGCUCUCCCAGUUUGGACGAACUGAGAGUCUCAAAACAGGACUGAAACAAGCUGAGGGAGUCUGGGCCACAAAGUUUGAAGUCACUGAAAGAGGUCUGAGGCGGGCUUUGUGGGCCGAGGAGCCAGAGCAUCUGCAAGAGUAUGAGCCUCCUAGUGAUAUGGAGUCGUGUGUGGACCGCGACGAUUUUCGCGAGGCGGCAAAGACGUUGCAAGGCUCCCGUGAUGUUGGUGCGCAGCUGUACUGCGCGCUUCUACGGAGCGUAGGAGUUCGAGCACGACUUGUGUGCUCACUUCAACCGCUGGCCUGCAUUUCCGGUGCCCCCACACUCCCCAAGCCGAAACCAACUAGACCAACAUCAAAGGCAUUGAAGAAGGAACAGGUGCAAGCCACUAUGGCCAAGUACCGCGAGAUAGCAAACGCCGGGUACGGCUCUCCAUCCGGUGGCUCUACUGCCCGCCGGAGACUGGGUCAUCCAAACGCAACAGCAUACAAUUAUGAGCCAAAGCCUGCUUCGCCAAAACCGCGCCCUACGUUUGACGUACCAAAGAGAAUCAAGGAGUCGUCGUACCCGGUGUAUUGGGUUGAGAUCCUUGACGUCGGUCAUCAGAAGUGGCAACCUGUUGACCCAGUGGUCACACACACGUUCUGGAAGCCCAAGGGGAUGGAACCUCCAAUAACGGACAAAGAAAACUCCUUGUCAUAUGUGGUCGCUUUCGACGCUGAUGGAACCGCGCGAGAUGUGACGAAGAGAUAUGCCAAAGCGUACACGGCCAAGACUCGCAAGUUGAGAGUGGAGACCACGACAGAGGGCGGGGACCUGUGGUGGCGGAAAGUAAUGAACAUGUAUCGUCAACGGCGGCCGACAGAUCUCGACCAGAUUGAGGAUAAUGAACUCGCUGGCGUUGAGGCAAGAGAGCCGAUGCCGCGAAAUGUCCAAGACUUCAAAGACCACCCGAUUUAUGCCUUAAAGCGGCACCUACGUCGCAACGAGGUAUUGGUUUCGAGUGCUACGCCUUCAGGGACCAUUGCCGCUGGGAGUCGGGGCCCUCUUGAGAGAAUUUACCGCCGGAAAGAUGUGCGAAUAGCAAGAAGUGCCGACAAAUGGUAUAGAUUGGGCCGGGAGCUUAAACCAAACGAGAUUCCGGCCAAGUGGCUUCCAAAAAAGGCCCGGCCUAAGGGGUCACGGUUUGAUGAGGAAGAGGAUGACGAUCAAGGAGAUGCAGGCACGCCGAUUUACACGGAAGAUCAGACAGAACUGUACGUCCCACCACGAGUACGGAAUGGUCGCGUUCCAAAAAACAAAUUCGGAAACAUCGACGUUUAUGUUCCAAGCAUGGUCCCACCCGGAGGCAUUCACCUCGUUCACGAACACGCCGCUCGAGCAGCGUUUGUGGUUGGAGUUGACUAUGCACCAGCGCUGACGGGCUUCCAAUUCAAGGGACGGCACGGUACCGCAGUCCUCCAUGGUAUCGUGGUCGCCAAAGAGUACGAGGCGGCGGUGUGGGCGGUUAUUCAGGGGCUAGGGGACUUGGAACAACAGUUGGAGGACGAGAGGAGGAGAAGUCGGGCUAUGCGAGCGUGGAGGAAGUUCCUGAUGGGGCUGAGAAUUAGGGAGCAGAUUUGGAGCGGAGUGGAUGCAAAAGAGAGGAAGGAGGCUGACGACAAGGCAGCAAGGGAGGCACAGUUGGAUGACGACCUGGAUGAUGCGCCAAGCGAUGUCACUGAGGAGUUCGACAUGGUCGACGACGACGACGAUGAAGGAGGAGGAGGGUUCCUAAUUGAGUAAAGAGACUACAAAGAGUUCAAUCUUGGUCAACUGACUGCUGUCGCCUGAGCAGCGGCACGCAGAGCCGACAAGUUGCGGUGCAUGUUGCUCAGGCGGGCGCAUGUUGCUCGCGGGCGCAUGAGGUGACGCGUCUAAAUGCUACCAAAUAUCGGCUCAAUUUGACGACUAGAGUGAUUUGCACAAUCCUGGCGUCAGGCAUCACCAGCCACAAGGUGUUAUUUUAUUGCAGUUGAUAUCUUGAGCGGUUGGCAGUGCAGCCUCCGCCACCGCCUGAGGUUGGACGGAUCGGAGUUGAUUGGAGCCGCCGCUC